AGGAAUCAAUACAGAAAACACGCUGCCAUUUUCUUUUCUUCUUCCCUUUUGCUUUCAACUCCCAAUUUCUAGGGCAAAAUCUAUGAUUCAAGACCGCCUCGAUAAUCUCUAAGAAAAUUGUUUGACUGCCAUUUUCUAUUGCUCCCUUCCACUUCCCUGCCCUCACAUAAAAUAGUAUUUUUUCCUUCUGUUAAUAUAUACUGCUCCACAUACAUACCUCUGUUUCUACGGAUCCUGCCCAGUUGAUCACAUUUUGUUUUUUGGCUGUGUCGAAUCUUUUAUUUGUUCGAGUAAAUAAAUCUGUGGGAUGAGCUGGGAGAUCCUUCUACACAUAAUUGAGAUCUGAUUGUUGAUGUUUCGUACUAAAAUUUAAAUCUUGGCUCACGGAUGAGAGAGCUGUCUUGUUCAUCUGUUCCAUUUAGUUGAGACAUAUGUUUGGAAAUUCAAGUGGAAAGAAAGCGAUGAAAUGGGUAUCAUUGCUUAAAGACUUCAAGGAAAAAGUUGGUCUUUCCCCGCCUCCGCCGUCGGCCCCAACAACCCCGUCUCCGCCGCCCCCGAGAGAUAGAAUCAGCACCAAUGCUAACGAUUUGUCGCCGACCACCCCAGACUUUUCGUCAUUGCCUUCAAGAGACAAAGAUGAACUGGAAUUGGAUUUCAAGAGAUGCUGGGAAGAGUUCCGUUCCUCCAAUUCUGAAAAGGAGAAGGAGAGGGCCUUGACUUGGACUGUAGAAUUUUUUUGUAGAUUAGAGAGAGAACACAAAAAUGUCGCCCAUUUAUGUUCCAUAUUGGUAGAGACACACAUUUUUUCGUUUGUUGUGGAAGGGCUUUUGUUACUGAUAUAG